UUGGAUUGACUCCCCAGCCCUCACCGGAAAGAUCACCACACCAGCCAACUCAAAUCCUCCCUCCCUCCCAUUCCGAUUCCCCAGCGACUCCCCGAACCCCCUCGUAAACCCUACCUCGCCGCGCGAGGGCGCCAGCCGCGGUGGUGGAGCGCCCGCAUCCGCCCCUUCCCCGCCUCCCCCGCCCCGCCGCAGCAGGCAAGGGCAUGGGGAAGAUGAAGGGGGACGAUCUGCCGGAGGAGGAUCGCGAGCUCAAGGCGCGUCUCGAGGAUUGCGUGGAGCGGGCGCAGAGCCGCGACCCCCGCCUCCGGGUAGGCGCCAUCGACACCCUGAGGAAAGAGGUUUGUGCGGCGACAAGCUCAAUGACGUCUGUCCCGAAACCACUCAAAUUCCUCCGUGCACACUACGGAACUCUCAAGGCUUGCUUUCAGAGAAUGCGGGAUCCUGCACAGAAGAAACAUAUGGCUGACAUUCUGUCAGUAUUGGCCUUGACAGCGUCUGCUGAAGGAGAAAGGGAAAGCCUGAAGUACUGUAUGAUGGGCUCUUUAGUUGAUAUAUGUUCAUGGGGUCAUGAGUACGUGAGAAACUUGGCUUUUGAAAUUGGAGAAGAAUGGAAGUUCAAUGACUCAUCAACGCCAAUUGAAUCCAAAAUAAAACUAGUGCUGGAAAUUGUCAAAUUUCACAUGAAGCAUAAUGCUGAAACUGAAGCUCUGGAUUUUUUGAUGAAGGUUGGAUACCUUGAGUUGCUUUCAGAUGAAAAAAAAGAAGAAUACAUUAUGAGGCUACUUCAUCUUGUUGACUCUACCAACUACAAAAGGGCAUGCUUGUAUUUGACUAGUUGUUCUAAAUACUUAUCUACACCCGACCAUAAGGCCACACUUGACAUUGCCUAUGACAUGUAUAUGAAGUUUAGGGAUCUUGGAAGUGCUUUAAGGAUUGUGCUUUUGGUCAACGACCACAAGUAUUGUGGUCAGAAUGUGAAGAUGAAGAAGGUAUUUGCAGAAACUAAAGAUUUCUCACUGAAGCAGCAAUUUGCAUUUAUGAUAGCACGCUAUGGUUUAAGCAUGGAGAUUGAUGAUGAGAUGGUUGCAGAUGAAAAUGAGAAGAAUGCUUUGCAGGAAGUGGUUUAUAACACCAAACUGAGUAAGGGGUACCAUAUCCUUGCGCGGGAUAUUGGUGUCAUGGAGCCAAAAUCUCCAGAGGACAUAUAUAAGGUUCAUCUGAUUGGCGGUCGAGGUACCAAAAGCUCCAGCCUUGAUUCUGCAAGGCCGAAUUUGGCCGCAAUUUUUGUCAAUGCAUUUGUGAAUGCUGGUUAUUGCCAGGACAAACUCAUGACUGCAAUACCAGAUUCUUUGCUAUUCAAGAACAACGAACUUUGGAGAGCCAGUGUAGUAGCUAGUCUGGGAAUGAUACAUAUGUGGGAUCCUGAUUCAGGAUUUCCCAAACUUGACAAGUACCUGCACAGCAAUGAUACUAAUGUCGUUGCAGGAACUUUUUUAGGUAUAGGCAUUGUCUCUUCUGGUGUGAAGAAUUAUCGGGAUCAUGCACUUGCUCUUAUUUCUGAGUAUAGCAAGGGUGCAGCAUCAGUUACACGGAUUGGGGGAUUCUUGGGUCUUGGUAUUGCUUAUGCUGGGUCCCGGAAAGACGAGCUUAAAUCACAUUUCUCAAGUACCUUGAGUAACCCCCAAACACCUUUGGAGGACUUAGUGUUCUCUGCCAUCUCCUUGGGAUUGGUGUUUGUUGGUUCCUGCAAUGAAGAGAUUGCAGAGUCAAUCAUAUCUGUCUUGAAAAAUCACAGUAAAGAGCUUACAGAGCCCAUUAUUCAUCUACUUCCAGUUGCCCUUGGCCUUCUAUAUCUUGGAAAACAGGCUUAUGCAUUUUUCCUAUUCAUCUCGUUGAUCUUAACAACAUUGUAUCAGGAGAUGGUAGUUGCUACUGCUGCUAAGGUUUCUGAAACAUUGGAAGAACCAUUAAAGAAGUACUGUGGCCUGACUCUUACGUCUUUGGCAUAUGCUGGGACAGGGAAUGUGCUUAAGGUUCAGGAGCUCCUUUGUAGUUGCUCAGAUAAACUUGUGAAAGGUGGAAGUGACCAAGGGCCAGCAGUCCUUGGAAUUGCUCUUAUUGCCAUGGCUGAAGGAUUAGGAGCUGAAAUGGCUGUACGGUCCCUCGAGCAGCUUUUACAGUAUGGUGAUUGUAGUAUUAGAAGAGCAGUUCCUCUUGCUCUUGGCAUGCUCUGCAUAUCCAAUCCAAAGGCGGUUGUUGUGGACACACUGAAUAGACUGAGCCAUGAUACGGACGGUGCAGUGUCGAUGGCUGCAAUCAUCUCACUGGGCUUGAUAGGUGCUGGUACAAACAAUGCACGUAUAGCCGGAUUGCUUCGUAAGCUCUCAAGUCAGCAAUAUGGCGGUUAUCUGUAUUGUGUGAGGAUUGCACAGGGUCUUGUUCACCUUGGGAAGGGCUUGCUGACACUUGACCCAUGCCACUCUGACAGGCUACUUCUAUCUCCCGUAGCACUAGCUGGGCUUGCAACCGUUCUGUACGCAUGCCUUGACAUGCAACCCAUCAUCGUCGAAAAGUAUCCCUACAUGCUAUACAUCCUCGCCCUUGCUAUGCAGCCUAGGAUGUUACUGACUGUGGAUGAGGAUCUCAAGCCCCUACAUGUGCCUGUUCGUGUCGGCCAAGCAGUCGACGUGGUCGGUCAGGCGGGAAGUCCCAGGACCAUCACUGGCUUCCAGACGUACAACACGCCUGUAGUGCUUGCUGCAGGGGAGCAAGCUGAGCUAGCAACUGAAAAAUAUAUUCCGCUGACACCAGUUCUGGAGGGCUUUGUGAUCCUGAGGAAGAACCCAGAGCAUCAUGAAGAUUGAGAGAUUGGUGCGAUGCAAGCGGAAGCGGAUCUGCGGAUGGAGUGUCAUGAACAGGCUUGGUCAACAUCUAACUGUCACACAAGCAAGUGACAAUGACUAUUGUGAAGAGGCUGCAAAUAUUCCUUAACAGAGUACAGGGACAAUACAAAAGUAUAGAAUAAGCUCAGGGGUCAAUGUACAGAGGGAGAUUGGGUCGAUGUUUCUUCGAAAAGAGGAGAAGCAACUUUGUCGGAACGGGGAACAGAAACAGAUGGCUGCAUAGCAUAACCUCAAUCAAAUUUUGUGUUUUCACUCACUAGACUGUUUUUGAGAUGCAUAUAAUAGACAUACUCAGUUGUCCGAUGUUUUCUGCCCUUUUAAGAAGUCACUCAUCAUGUAUCUACAAUGCUAAGACAUCCGCAAAUGAUCAA